AUGAUAUCCUCUGAGACUCUCACACUCUCAGAGUCAGACCGAGCCCACUCCAGCGAUACUCCAGUUCUUACACGGAGAUCAUUCAGGUCCGGCCAGUCUGACCAGACACCAAAACCAGCAGAGUGGGUCCAGGAACAGGAAGGAUCAAGCCAUCUCCCUAACAUCUUUGUCAUCAUUAUUCAGCAUGUUCAGAAGGUGGCAUGCUGUGUCAUUACUAUUUCCGGCCGAAUGACCUUCACCAGUAAUAAGUCAAUGGAGAUUGAGGUUUUCGUAGACGCUGACCCACUGGUGGAGGCUGAGAAGGGAAAAUAUAGGGCUGUCACAGCCUUCUUCACCUACAUCUCCCUGGACAAAGACAACAAGCCCCUUCCAGUGCCACCACUGAAGCUGGAAGGUGAAGAGGAGCAGAAGCGGUUUGAAGAAGGGAAAGUGCGCUACCUGCAGAACAAGGCAAAGAGACUCGCAGAUAAGGACCGUCAACAAUGACUUUUACCACGCAAACACCAUAUUGUGUUGUAGAAGAAAAUUCUUUAAUAACAGAGCCUCAACAUACAACAUACUAUAUUAAGAACCUCUGCUUUAUCCUACAUGUAGCUCACUGAAUAGAAAGAUAAUAUAUAGGAAAAAUGUAUAGGUUUAAUUGACUUGUCUGAGUUUACCAAAGCGCUUGUCUAUGUAUCUCAAGCUAAACUAAAAAUUAAAAUAUAUUUAUGUUUUG